UGUUUCGCUCUGAAGUCAUCAGCUCCAUAACUCUCCGUGCUGGCUGGCCAACCCGAACGGAGCGCGAGGAGGCUGCCUCUCCCACCCCCGUCAUAAUGGGACGGACCCUUCCCCGGUGACAUUCUGGCGGAACCGAGCAAGGAUGCGGAGAAGAGACGUGGGGGAGCCGGUGGGGCGGUUCCCGCGUGGCCUAGAGCCUGGGCAAGUUUGUCAAGAACCAAGUGCGGGCACCGCCCACCUGGAGCCCUAGGGGCGGGGCCUCCCUGGGGGCGGGGCCACGGCCGAGGGCGGGGCACGGAGGCAGCAUGCUAAACCGGGUCCGCUCGGCCGUGGCGCACCUGGUGAGCUCGAGUGGCACUCAGUCCCAGCGCCCCAAGUCCCCAGAUCUGCCCAACACGACCUCAGCGCCGUCCUCUGCCCCAGAAACGCCUAGGAGCCCCCCGGCGAGGUCUGGGAGGGAGGCCGGCGCGCCUCCGAAGACCGCGGAGACUCGGGCGAGCUUCUCCCGACCUACCUUCCUGCAGCUGAGCCCCGGGGGACUGCGACGCGCUGACGACCACGCAGGCCGGGCUGUGCAAAGCCCCCCCGAAACCGGUCGCCGUCUGCCCUGGAGUACAGGCUAUGCCGAGGUCAUCAAUGCUGGCAAGAGCAGGCACAAUGAGGACCAGGCUUGCUGCGAGGUCGUUUAUGUGGAAAGCCGAAGGAGUGUUCCAGGGGCUAACCAGGGACUCUGCUUCUACUACUGGGGCCUGUUUGAUGGACACGCUGGUGGUGGAGCAGCUGAAAUGGCCUCCCGCCUCCUGCAUCGCCACAUCCGGGAGCAGCUAAAGGAUAUAGUAGAAAUCCUUCAGGAUCGCUCGCCACCUCCCCUGUGCCUCCCGUCCACCCCGGGGACCCCAGGUUUCUCUGACCACUCACACUUGGUUAGCCCUCAGUCCUGCUGGUCUCCACAGAAGGAAGUGACACAUGACAGCUUGGUAAUAGGGGCUAUUGAGAGCGCCUUCCAGCUCAUGGAUGAGCAGAUGGCUCAGGAGCGGCACGGCCACCAAGUGGAAGGGGGCUGCUGCGCACUGGUCGUGGUCUACCUGCUAGGCAAGAUGUAUGUGGCCAAUGCGGGUGACAGCAGGGCCAUCAUUAUCAGGAAUGGUGAAAUCAUUCCGAUGUCUCGGGAGUUCACACCGGAGACUGAGCGCCAGCGUCUUCAGCUGCUUGGCUUCUUGAAACCAGAACUGCUAGGAAGUGAGUUCACCCACCUUGAGUUCCCCCGAAGAGUCCAGCCCAAGGAGCUGGGGCAGAGGAUGCUGUACAGGGACCAGAAUAUGACUGGCUGGGCCUACAAAAAGAUUGAGCUGGAAGAUCUCAGGUUCCCUCUGGUCUGCGGAGAGGGCAAAAAGGCCCGGGUAAUGGCCACCAUUGGCGUGACCCGAGGCUUGGGAGACCACAACCUCAAGGUCUGCAGUUCCACUCUGCCCAUCAAGCCUUUCCUCUCCUGCUUCCCCGAGGUACGUGUGUAUGACCUGACACAGUAUGAGCACUGUCCAGAUGAUGUGCUGGUCCUGGGAACAGAUGGCUUGUGGGAUGUGACCAAUGACAGUGAGGUAGCUGCCACUGUGGACAGGGUGCUGUCAGUCUAUGAGCCCAAUGAUCCCAGCAGGUAUACAGCUCUGGCCCAAACUCUGGUCUUGGGGGCCCGGGGCAUCCCCCGGGACCGUGGCUGGCGUCUCCCAAACAACAAGCUGGGUUCCGGGGAUGACAUCUCGGUCUUCGUCAUCCCCCUGGGAGGGCCAGGCAGCAGUUACUCCUGAAGGGCUCAGCCCCAUCCCUCUCACUGCCACCCCAGCCUCUCCGUUAUUACCAUUCUCCCAGCCCAAACAACGCAAGUUGUGUCCCUGACUCUUGAGUGGCCACUUAAUUGACAAAGAAACGGAACACCCAACUGGAUCCAAAAUCACAGCAAUCGGCAAAUAAACCAGGUAGAAAAAGGUGUGUGUCAUUAUUUGCUUCCACUGGAACCUGAAAAGCGGGCAUGGAAAGAACCCCGGAAUAUUCCUAAAGAUGUGGCUUCCCCAGGCUCUUCCGCUCUUCCUUUUCUCGGCCCACUUACCUGCCACGAGUGGCUCCUUCCAUCUGCUGGCGUCUGCCAAGUCUGUGUGUCCAGUCCAAACCUUUGCUGAGCUUUGAGGACCACACAUCUCCCGGCCGUCCCUGCCACAGUACCCUGGUGCUUCCAAGCAAUGCACCUUGAACUGAAUUUACAAUUUCCCCCGUCAAUAAUUCUUUCUCCGGCUUCAUCCUUUCAGCGGGCACCAUCAUGGCUGCUUGAGUUAGUAAUGCAACUCCUGGCCACACCUGGCUUAUGCAUCUCCAUUACAAUUCUCAACUACUUCAGUCAUGCAGGCCGGCUAGUGUUUCAGGAAAUCAGCCACCUCUAUGCCGGUAUACACGAUGUAGCCGAGCUGUGUCCUCGGCUGUACCAUCUCCGUCUGUGUAAGUUUACCUAUUGUGGUUCACACAAUGAUGGAACUCCCUAGCAACACAUUCUCAUAACAUCUCUUUUUAAGGGAUGUGUGACUAGACGGUGGACUAUUUAAAAGAUCUUUCAUAUUUGCCUUUAUUCCUGCCUUCCUCACCACCACCUUAGAUCUUUAUUACACAAGCUUCCUCACCUCAGUGACUCACUGUUAUGCCUAGAACAAAACUGAGGCUAAGUCCUGAGCAUGGCAUCCAAGGACCUUCAUUUUCUCUAGUUUCAACACCCUCCUCCCAACUCUGUAGCUUGCCAUAGCUCCAACUUAUUUAAACCUCACAUUAUCUUUCCUUGACUGCUUUACCUGUUCUCCAGGACUGGGUAUGCUGCAG